AUGUCUUUGAAUGAUGUGAGUAUCCUGCCUCCUGUUUUUCCCAGUUCUUUUCCACUAACUAUCACCUCCAAAAAGGCUUACGAUUUAGUUAAGAAGGGUGAAGAACUCAUUUCAAAGAAACAAUUCAAAGACGCUUCAAUUCGUUACAAAGAAGCCAGUGAACUUUUCCAGAAACAGAUUGGUCAGACUGAUAAUGAAGAAGUCAAUAAUGCACUGAGGAUCCUGGUGGAUCAAAAUGCCAGAAGAGCCAGUGAACUUUCGUUACUACAGAAUAGGAAACCCCAGAUUAAAGCACAACCCGUGGUCCCCAUGCCAUCUACACAGUCUAACCCAUCUGUACAGUCUAGUCAACAUGUCAGAGCUAGAGGGAGAGAUGGGGGUGAUAGUAUUACUGCCUCUUUGGCGUCUGCUAGAGGGAUGGAUAGUGGUUCUGGUGUUGAUGAUAAUGAUCCUAUAGCUAAAUUCCAAGUUCAAGUAUACAAUUUGAUAAAGAUUAAUCCUUCAACAACUCAAGAUCAACCAAUUGACCUUUCAAAUACUAGAAUAAGACCAUCAGGCAAAUCAAUCGAAGAGCUAGAGUUGGAAAAUGCUACUUUAAAACAAUUAUUAUCUAAUUAUAGUGAAAAUUUACAUACUUAUGAAUCUUUCCAUAAGAAAUUGAAGAUUAAUUUGAAAAAUUAUUUGAAUACAUUAAAGAAUGAUUUACAAAUUCAAGAAAAGAGAAAGCAGUCCCAGUUUGAUCAAAAAUUGGAACUCCUGAAUAAAGAAAAUAAAUCAUUAGAUUUACAAGUUAAAAAAUUAAAAGAAAGAUGGAAUGAUUUAGUUGAAAGUGCAAGAAAAAGAAGAGAAGAUAUCAAUACAAAUCAAAAUAAAAAAUGA